CACACACACACACAAACUACUACUUCCCGUAUCACAUUCAUUGCAUCCACGUACUUUUUCUGUUGGGAAAAAUCUCCCCCAUUUUCGGUUGCACUUUUGACGCGGAAUGAUUUAAAUUCUUUAGGAGUUAAGAGCUGUAUCUUAGUUUUGUGUUUUCUUCGUAUAUUAGUAAAUAGAUCGGGGGCAGUGGCUUAACGCGAUUCGCACCAACGUAGAGAUGAGGGAUAUCGAUGCCAUUACUGCCAAGCAAAAGAAGAGAAAUCCCUUACCUUUCCAAUACGAACGAACGGACGUAGGUGCGCCAGUUUCGACCUCCCGAACGUGUUCAUCAAUGCUCUGUCACAUACAUUUAAACACACACACUCAGACAGAUACACAAACACACAUCGGUUGGGUUACGAUAGAUCGUACCCACGUCCCCGAGGGACCGAGAAAUGCUUCCAGAACUUAACGAAAACAAAAAAACAUCUUAAGAAAAGGAUAAUGUUUAAUUGAAGAAUUAAAAACUACACACAAACACACACACACAGAGAAGUACGAUACAUAAGCAGCACAAACGAGUAGCGAAUACCUUUUUGCCAAAUUAUGUGACCAGCUAGCAAUUUAACGACAAUUUACGAACGUUACUUAAGAUGUACUAAAAAACACCCUUCACCCGUUCUCUUCACCAAGCUUCUCACGCUUCCCUGCACUAGGUUUUCAACCCCUUCCCCCCCCCCCACGUUCAGUUUUCCCAACUGUUAAAAUGCAUACUAGAGAAACGCGAUAGAGAAGCUUUACGACCGAUUACUUUAGAUGAGUCCACGAUCACUCGUUCGAUCGAUUCAAAGGAUCGUCGGUGUACUAAACCUCACAGCCUCACUAGCAGAAGCACUCGAGAUCACUCAUAACAGCGGCACAUUCCCCACACACACACACACGAAGACAGCAUACCCUCUAUCUCUCUCUCUCUCUCUCUUUCGUACACACAUACCACACAACAAACACACAUACACGUAAAAAAAUACACAAAGUAGUUCAAAUGCAAAGCAAAAACACACACACACACAUACACAAGAAAACCAUGGUUAAGGAGCAAAAGAGAGGAAAACUCGUGAUUACAAAGCAAAAAAAAAAGUUGUUGUUUCCGAAAUUUUAUAGUUAUUCUAUCUCCUAUAGGGGUUUGUUAGAUGCGAACGAACAUAAAACACAGAGAGAGAAAACAAAGAAGAAGGAAAGAUGCGAAGCAAAACCUACUACCAACAAAACGACGAAAACCAAGCGAACACAAGCAAGUGGGAGUGGAAGGUGGGGAAAAAGAACAAACAAAAAAAAA